AUGCAAGUUUUCCCAGAUCAUAUUCUUGGGGACCUUGAAGAAAAAAUUAAUCAACACCGGGACAUUGAGGAAGUCAAUAAAAAGAAGAAAGGAAAAAAGCAGAAAAAGGUUGCGUCUUCUGGUGCACCAGUAGCGUCUAGAUCUGGAAUGCCCAAAGAGAACAAUGUUGAGAAGCCAAGGAAAAAGGCCAGAAAGGACAAGAAGCCCAAACAAGUGAACACUAGUGGCGUGCCUGAGGGAGAGACUACUAGGAAAAAUGAAAAAGAAGAGAGAAGUGUUGUUGAAGAGAGUCAUGAUGAGGAUGAGAGAACAUUAAAGGAAUUGUUGACACAAGUUGCCAAGGACAAAAAGGAGAUGAUGGUUGGCGCAUCUGUAAGGGUGCAAGAUAAAAAGAGCAUUGAAGAAGAAGAAGAAAAAGUUGGUGAUAAUAAAGAGGAAGUGCAAGAUGAUAAAAUUCAUGAAGAGGAGAAUGAGGAUGAAAAGAUUGACGAUGAUACUGGUAGUGAGAAGGAUGCAAAUGAAGAGGUAGGAAAUGACUUGAAUGGCCAGUGGGAGGGUUGGACCAUUGCGAAAGAGGAAGGGAAAGUUGUUAAGGAAGAGAAGGAUUCAAUUGAAGACUCACACAAAUUUGAGUCUGAAGAAGAAUCUAAGGAGGAGAUGAAUUCUGAUGUGACAUAUGUUGUCACUCUGGAAAAAGUAAAGAAACCAGUGAAGGAUAGCACUCCUGCUCCAGCAAAGGUUGCACAAAAUAAGAAAUCCCCUACCAAAGCUGUCUCUGAGGCACCAAAUACUUCAAAGAAAGAACCUCUGCCAGAGCGUACCCAAAAGGAGGCUAGAAAGAAGAAGAAGGAAUAUCAUGCUUUGAGGAAGAGUAACAUGCUUAAUGCUUAG